UGAGAAGACAUGGUACGCUCAUAUGAACAAGGGAUCCCUGCCUGGGUCUAUGUGGGCACCCUGCUCCUCUUCAUCCACUUCCACUCUGUCACAGUUAGAGGAGCUGCUCUGAAACAGGAGGCAGCAUUGGACAAUGGGGCCACGGUGCUGAAUCACUCCAUGAGUUUGGUGCAGCGCAUGGAGACCUUGCUGGCCAUGGGGAACGGCAGUGAUGUCACUCUCCGGGUGCAGACCAUCAACACGGAUGAGGUGAAGGUGAUUCAGGCCCACAGCCUGGUCCUCUCCCUGCAGAGUGACGUGUUUGAGGAAAUGCUGCUCAGCCGCAAUAACAGUGCUGUGGUUUUGAGGGAAACGCCAGACUGUGCAGCUGUCUUUGACAAGUUUGUCAGGUAUCUGUACUGUGGUGACAUCUCAGUGCGACUUGAUCAGGCCACUUCUCUGCAUAAGCUCGCAAGCAAGUAUCAUGUGUGGGGCUUGCAGCAGGGUCUGACCCAAUAUAUGACCCAGCAUCUGUCUAGUGAUUCCCCUGCGGGCCAUGUGAUUGGUUGGUACAACUAUGCUCUACAAAUUGGGGACAUGGCCCUGCGGGACAGCUGCCUGCAGUACCUGUCCUGGAACCUGUCUUCUGUGCUGCAGAGUGGAGAAUGGGGCUCCAUCAGCGAAGACCUGCUCCUCUCCUUGCUCCAGCGCUCUGACCUCAUUCUUCAGAGCGAGCUGGAGCUCUAUGAGGCACUGGAGGCCUGGAUUAGCCAGAACCAGCCUGUUGGUACGACAGUGGAGAGUGCCCUAAGGGCUGUUCGAUAUGGCAUGAUCCCCCCUCAGCAUCUCUUCCGUCUUCAGAAGCAAUCUGCCCUCAUGCUGAAGUAUUACGAGUCCAUCCGUGAUCUCCUCUAUCUAGCAUUCCAAUUUCACUCUGCCUCCCCUAUCCAGCUGGCCAAGUACUUUGAUGUCAACUGCAGUAUUUUCACUCCCCGUAACUACCUGUCCCCCUCCUGGGGUUCCCCUUGGAUCAUCAAUAACCCCACUCGUGAUGACCGCAGUUUCAGCUUCCAGACCCAGCUCGGGCCCAGCGGACAUGACUCCAGUAAGAGAGUGACAUGGAACGCCCUUUUCUCCCCUCGCUGGCUCCCACUCAGUGCCAGGUCAACCUAUACUGAGCUCGGUGCCAUGCAGCCCACCCGCACAGAGGGAGGCCGACCUCGCAUUAUUGUAACACCUGCCACUUCUAGUCCAGAUUUUGCCGGUGUGAGUUUCCAGAAGACAGUGAUUGUUAUAGCAAAACAGCAAGGGAAAGUGGUGGUUCGCCAUGUCUAUAACUUCCAUCAAAGCACAGAGGAGGCCGGGGAUUUCCUGGUGGAUGCUGACCUGCAGCGCCGUGCAUCAGAAUACCUAAUUGACAGCUCCCUCUAUCUGCACAUUGUAAUAAAACCUCUCUACCAUACCCUCCUUGUUGCUAGGAAGUAAAAGCGGGAAUUUGGUGCGGCCCCACAUCAGUUAUCCACCCUCCACCCACACAAUCACAUGCACAUAUUCCAAAGUACACUCAUAUCACAGUACAUGUUUAUGUGUCAGGUCUGUGACAUCUCCAUUGUUAUUUAGGUUGUACAUUUUAUUGUCUUCCAAUUAUUUAGCAAGGAGGUGUCUGAUACAAUAAAAGGACUCACAUUUUAGGCUCAGCAGUGAUCAUGAGUGAUGGUGAAUUUUUCAGUAUUUCAUGCAUACGAAGAAAAAAAAACAUUUCACUGUACUGUAUUUGUUCAGGUAUUUUAUAGUCUGACUGUUCCUUGAAUGUAUUAAAUCUGUGUGAUGGUUAAUGUUGUUUGCAUAGUUCCAAUAGAAGUUUUGCUUUAAAAUAAUUUUUUGUAGUUAUUAAUUUUAUGCAUUUCACCAUUCGGCAGUCAAAUAUAGAUUUUUGGUUCAUGGCUCUUAUAUGCUGUGACAUAUAUACCUAUCUUGCUGUUUUCAUACCAAAAUGUGUAAAUUAAAGUGCAGUCCUAUUAUCAGUGUUCCUUUGUAUAAUGUAGUUGACUUGCAAGACAGUAGAGCCCAUUGGUAUUAUUGUUUUUUUUUUCAU